UUUGACGUCAUCAUCGUGCGUGUCUUGUCAUCAGACCGGACGUUUAAUAUUUACCUCCAGAUAUGCUAGUUUAACAGCAUUCGGAAUUAUGAUUUAACAUCUCACUCUGCGUGUAAGUUACAAUGUAAGACGUUAGCCAGCUUUCCAUUCUACAUGUCCCUUUAGAACCUACUUAACGAUCAAGAGAAUAAACUCGCUAUAGCAAUCAAAUUCAAUUCACCAUGGGUGCUGAACAGAGUGGAGAUGCUGAAAAUAAGCAUUCAGAUUUCAAUGCUUCAGGUGCUGAACAUUAUAUCGUUGUACCCUCUCCAGCCAAGCAAAGAGCAAAAAUGGAUGACAUAGUAGUCGUUGCCCAAGGAAAUGCAUCAUUACGGAACAUCCAUAAUGAUCCAGAUGUCAUAAAAUUACAAGAAAUUCCCACCUUUCAACCUCUUCUUAAAGGUGUGCUCAGUGGUCAGACCUCCCCCAGCACUGUCUGCCUGGAGAAGUUAGAUGCUGCACAGGUUCUGCAGCUGUGUGUCCGAUACCAGGAUCAUCUGCACCAGUGUGCGGAGGCUGUAGCUUUUGACCAGAAUGCUCUGGUUAAGAGGAUAAAAGAGAUGGAUCUGUCAGUGGAGGUGUUAUUCAGCAUCAUGCAGGAGAGGCAAAAACGUUAUGCCAAGUACGCAGAGCAGAUCCAAAAGGUCAAUGAGAUGUCCAUGAUUCUGAGACGCAUCCAGAUGGGCAUUGACCAGACGAUACCACUGAUGGAGCGUCUCAAUAACCUACUGCCUGAAUGUGAGCGCCUGGAACCCUUCAGCAUGAAGCCUGAUGGAGACAUCAAAUAGAGUUGUCACGCCACUACACAGUGGGUUCAUACUGUAGGACUGGUGCUUUGUAGAGACCCUCCUCAGGUCAUCUCUUGUUGUUUACCUAUGGAGCUUUUCACUCUGCACUCUGAAAGGCAAUAAGCUUGCCUGGAUCAGGUGUUAUUUGGCCACAAAACAAGUUGUACUGUGCAAAAUGGAAGAACUAAAAUACCGAAAUGCUUGUGUAUAGAUUUACCUAGGCCUAAUUGAGUGCUUUUAAAGGGCAUGAUGAAAUACAAUAUACUUCUGCCUCUGGAAUUUAAAUGUCAUUUAAUGAGAAAUAAUGUCAUUAAUGCAUUUGGUGCUCUUGAAUUCAAGAGUCGAUUCAUAGGUGGAUGUCACUGAAGUUAAUGGCAUUAAAUUGUUUAAAAAAUU